GGGCCCCAAGAAGCACAAGUUGGAGCUGGCGGCGGACCAGGCUGUUGUUGUUCUCAACGUGGUCCGCCCCGCGCCCAUAUAAAGGGCGGUGUCGGCGCCCGCCCCACCAGAGCGCGGCGGCGGCAGCGCGGAGCCGAGCAGAGAGGAGAUUGAGAGCAGUGCGCCCCGCCGGGCCUUAGCCACGCCGCGGGUGCCCCUGCCCGCCCCCGCCUCACUCCUGUCGCCUGCACCCCCUUGGCACCAUGUCGGUGGAACUGGGAGAAGCAGAUUUGCCUCUGACCGAAGCGGAGGAGGUACCUCUCGCUCCAGAGAAGAAAGCGGCCGCUAAGAAAGCGAAAGGCGGCGGCUCCUCGUUGUCGCCGUCGAAGAAGAAGAAGAAUAACAAGAAGAAAAACCAACCGGGUAAAUACAGUCAGUUGGUGGUGGAGACGAUCCGCAAACUGGGUGAGCGCAAUGGUUCCUCGCUGGCCAAGAUCUACAACGAGGCCAAGAAGGUGGCCUGGUUCGACCAGCAGAACGGCAGGACCUACCUGAAGUACUCCAUCAAGGCGCUGGUGCAAAACGACACACUGCUCCAGGUCAAGGGCACCGGCGCCAAUGGCUCUUUCAAGCUCAACAGGAAGAAACUGGAAGGCGGUGGCGAAGGGGGCGCGGGCAGCAGCGCCCAGAAGUCCCACAAGAAGGCCACGGCAUCGACGUCCCGGCGGGCGGAGAAGAAGCCAGUGGCCAAGAGUAAGAAGCCCGAGAAGAAAUCUCACAAGAAGGGAGCCAGCGGCGCAGCGGCGAAAAAGGACAAGGGCAAAGCCAAGAAGGCCACCAAGAAAGGAGCCGCGUCUCCCGGGGGCAAGAAGGUGAAGAAGUCUGCAAAGCCCAAGGCACUCAAGAGCAGGAAGGCAUGAGAGCGGGGCACAGGGAGCCCCCCGCCGCCCCCCGGACUGUGGGCCCCGCGGCAAGGACUGCUCUGAGGACGGACCCCAGGGGACCCGCUUUGUCUUUGUGUUGCUGACUCGGCUCCGCAGCCGCCGCCGUGCGCGGUGAGCGGGGCUGCGGCUGUCCCAACCCCCUUCCCGUUCUCCGACGCCUUAUUUUUUUUCACCCCCAGCCUCCUCUUCCUCUUCCCCCUCCCCUCCGCC